UUGCUUGUCAUCAGUGUGUCCUUGACUCUGUAGACAAGCAGGAGUUAGCUAGAGAGCUACCAUUGGAUUGGAAAGCUACAGGAAGCGAAAGCGAAGCACAAGGAGAAGCGUUUACUUUUCCAGUCCACGAAAAAUCCCCAUCCUUGGAGAGUAAACACUCGAAGAACUCAGGAUGGCUUUUUUGAUCAAGAGCAUGAUUGGGAACCCACUGUCAGGAAUUGGUCUUGGUGGUGGAGGUGACAAAGAGGAGGAGGCCACCCCAUCAGAUCCUGCAAAAGCGGCUGGGAUGACACGCGAGGAGUAUGAAGAGUACCAAAAACAGGUGGUAGAGGAGAAAAUGGAAAGGGAUGCAGAUUUCUUACACAAAAAGGCAGAGCGCGCAACCCUCAGAGUGUGCCUCAGAGAUAAAUACAGACUGCCAAAGAGCGAGCAGGACGAGAACAUGAUUGAGAUGGCCGGGGACGACGUGGACGUGCCCGAGGAGCUGCUCAAGAUGGUGGAUGAGGACGCUACGGAGGAGGAGGGCAAGGACUCCAUAAUGGGCCAGAUUCAAAACUUGCAGAACAUGGACAUGGACCAGCUGAAGGAAAAAGCCUCUGCCACGGUCACCGAGCUGAAGAGCAAAGCAGAGGAGAAGUGCUCCCUCAUGUGAAUAGCCAAGGAUGGUGAAUGUGUCUAAAAAAUGGAGAAAGCAAAGGGGGAAGAGACAGGGUGAUAACCAAGAUAAUAAUAUAACAACUUGCUUGGGACCUAUAAACCAAGUUAUGAGUCUGAGGUUCUGUACUUAAUGGAAUAACGCCAUUUGACAUGUUAUUUUAUGUCAAAGAAAAUAACUUACAUUACAAGAAAUUAUAUUAAAACUGCCAGUUUGCAUUUACAGAAAAAUCUACUGUGAAGGUUUCCUUUCAUAGAUUUUUUACCCACAAAUUUACAGUAUGUUAUAUUACGUCAAGGGUGCCCCAUCCUUUCAGUCGUAUUGUUAAGUGUUGUCAUGAAAUGAGACAGAUUAGUCUCUAAAUGUUUGUUUCUUUAAAAAAAUAAAAAAUAAAUCUAAGCAAUCCAAGACAUGCUGAUAGAGAACCAAUCCUUCCUGAGUAAUGCAGCUUUCCUCUCGGUUUUAUUGUUUUUCUUUUUUUGUUUUGUUUCUCGUGUAUAAACAUUGAAUAUAUUUAGUUUCUAUCUCUGGUGUUACAUGAAAGCAGGUGAUUAUCAGGUGUUAACAACCUCAACUGAAAUAAAAAAAACGUUGCAGAAACAUUUGCAGAUUUGCACAAACCUAUGGUAUUAAUACAUAAAUAAUAAAAGCAACAGAUGUGUUUGUUUUUGAAAUGCCUGAAUGUACUUUGAUGUGAGAAGACAAAUUUGUUGUUCAAAUAAAAAUGUGUAUCAAACACAAA